UGAACGUGAACGUGACGUUUUGGUGUUCGUGAGUGGUUAGAAAAAUCAAGAUAAAGAAUAACACGGAAAAACUUUAUUGAAGCAGAGUCCUUGGAAUCAUUGAAUGAAAGGACGAUGAAGAAAUAAAUGAGAAACAGAGUACAUAUAAAAAUGUGACAGUGACAGUCUUCUUAUUACAUUAUUCUCGAAACCUUUGACCAAAUUGUAUUUUUUAAUGUAUAAAUCAGAUGUCAACUAAGACACGUUGGGUCUUGCACUAAAGUCUGAAACGAAGAAAAAGUUGAUCACAUGCGUGUGUACGCACUGAUGAUGCACGUCGGGAAAAUUUGUGGAUAAAAAGGCUGUUAUUUAAGGCCUUUAACAGGCUUAAUUGAUAAGUUGUUCUUAAGGCCCAUAACAGGCUUAAUUUACCGUUUAAUUAAGGUCCAAUGUAUUAAACCCAUUCGUAGAUUCACUAAUAAAUGUGGAAAAAUUUUAGUCACUGUAGUUGAAGUUUAUUAAUGUUUCUAUAACAGAAAUUUUGAAUUUUGAAUUCCGAAAAAAUUGAUUUAUCAACAAUUUUAUAAAAAAUAAUUCACGAGAAAUUAAUGAAAUAGAACAGUUAAAAACGAUUAUACUUAAAACAUUUAUUAGAAUCAUUUGGUUAAAAACUGUUUAAUUUAAUUUAUUUUUUCAAAAAAAAAACUGUUUAAUUUAUAGUUACUUACACUAAUUUAUUAUUCUAUUAUAAAUUAUAAAAGUAUUAUAUAAAUGAUUCUAAUAAAGGUUUAAGUAUAACAGUUUUAACUGUUCUAUUUUUAUUAAUUUCGUGUGAGUUAUUUUUUAAUAAAAUUGUUGAUAAAUCAAUUUUUUGGAAUUCAAAAUUCAAAAUUUUUGUUAUAGAAACAUUAAUAAACUUCAGUCAAAUUAUGGACUAAAAUAUUUCCACAUUUAUUUAUAGAUAGAUACAAAAUAAAUUAUUAUUUGACUUACCAAGUCUUUCAUUCAUGUUCCAUGAGGUUCACAAGGGGACGUUUUCUUUCUCGUCCCCUUCUUAAACAAUUUUUUGAAAGCGAAAACGUACAUACCUGACACAUUAUACAGUUUCAGACGACAACUGUUUCUUCUUCUUCUCCUACUUAGAACUGUUCUUUGCGUGAAUAUUGCCACAGAUCACAGAUGUAAUGUGCUCACCACUCUUUUGAAACCUUCAAUAUAAAGAACAACAACAAUGCUUCAUUAGAUCACAAGCAAACAUUAGUUUCAAUCUUUAAGACAAAGAGAAUGAAGACCUUUUUCGUUUUCCUCCUUCUUCUCCUUUGUGUUUUAUCGAUCAACGCUGAUCAACAAGAAGAGAACCAACCAACAUCUCAUAAAAUUCUCCACAAAGUCCAACUAUGGAGAACUUCUCUGAAAGAAUCAAGCGCUCAAGAACUCAAGCUAUCUUCAGCAAUCAUUGUGGCUGGAGUCUUAUGCUUCAUGGCUGCCUUAAUCUCCAGCGCAGGUGGGAUCGGAGGCGGAGGUUUAUUCAUUCCAAUCAUGACUAUAGUCGCGGGGUUUGAUUUGAAAACAGCUUCAAGCUUCUCUGCUUUCAUGGUGACCGGUGGUUCCAUUGCCAAUGUGAUCAGCAAUCUCUUUGGCGGUAAAGCAUUGCUUGACUACGAUUUAGCCUUGCUUCUCGAGCCUUGUAUGCUUCUUGGUGUGAGUAUUGGUGUUAUCUGCAACAGAGUUUUGCCUGAGUGGCUCAUCACUGUUCUUUUCGCGGUGUUUCUCGCUUGGUCUAGCUUGAAGACUUGUAGAAACGGAGUCAAGUACUGGAAAAUCGAGUCUGAUACUGCGAGAGGGAAAGGACAUGAGAGGCCAGAGAAAGGACAAGGGGAGAUAGAGGAGGAUGCUAAGAGUCUUAAAGCACCUCUUCUUGAAGCUAAAGAGAAGAGAAACAAGACUCCAUGGACGAAACUUGGUGUCUUGAUCGUUGUUUGGGCGUCUUUCUUUGUCAUUUAUCUUCUUCGUGGUAACAAAGAUGGAAAGGGAAUCAUAACGAUAAAGCCUUGUGGUGUUGAGUAUUGGAUUCUGCUUUCACUUCAGAUACCUCUUGCUUUGGUGUUCACAAAGCUUGCACUUUCGAGAACCGAAAGUCUACAAGAAAGAUCCUCUAACAAUCAGAAAGAUCAAGAAGGUACAAGACUAGACCAGUCCACAAGGUUUAUGUUCCCGGUAAUGUCAUUUUUAGCCGGUUUAUUGGGUGGUAUAUUCGGUAUUGGUGGUGGAAUGCUUAUAAGCCCUCUUCUUCUUCAAGCUGGGAUACCACCACAGAUAACAGCAGCAACAACAUCAUUCAUGGUGUUCUUCUCAGCAACAAUGUCAGCAGUUCAAUACCUGCUACUUGGAAUGCAAAACACUGAAGCAGCUUACUUGUUCUCCUUGAUUUGCUUCUUUGCUUCGCUUCUCGGUCUUGUUUUGGUUCAAAAGGCAGUAGCUCAGUUUGGAAGAGCUUCCAUCAUUGUGUUCUCUGUAGGGACAGUGAUGUCUCUGAGCACAGUCCUUAUGACUAGCUUUGGAGCUCUUGAUGUAUGGACUGAUUAUGUGGCAGGCAAGGACAUGGGGUUCAAGCUGCCAUGUUAA